AUGAGCUUGAAUGGAUGCAAUGUUUCAUCAAGGAUGCCGAAUCAAGAAAAACAAGUUGAAGAUGCUAUGAUUCGCAAGUGGGUUUCUGAUAUCAGAGACACUGCUUAUGAUACCGAGGAUGUCUUGGAUAAUUUUAUGCUCAAAAUCGAUCGCGGAAAGAUUGCGAAUCAAGAUCGACCGGCUCUCUUUGCUUCGAGCAGGAAGUAUUCAUGCCUAUUUGAUAUAGGCAAGAAGAAAGAUCUGUAUGGCAUAGGCAAGGAGAUUGAAUCACUUCAGAAAAGGAUCAUCGAUCUAUCUCGUAAACGGGAAUUGUAUCGCCUUGAGGAUAUUGGUAAUAGAAGGGAAGGAAAGAGCAAUAAUCUUGAGAGGUUGAAAGAUUUAAGAAGAGUCACUUCCUUUGUUGUUGAGGGGAACAUUGUUGGCUUUGAGGAUGAUGCUAAAAUGUUGUUGGGUAAACUUGUUGAGGAUGAGCCACGCCGUUUUGAAGUUUCCAUCUUUGGCAUGGGAGGUUUGGGCAAAACCACUCUCGCUAAAAAAAUUUACCACAGCAUUGAUGUCUUCAAUAAAUUCAAACUACGAGCUUGGGUGUCUGUCUCUCAAGAUUACCAAACUGAAGAUCUUCUUCGACGAAUUAUAAAGUCUUUUGAGAUCAAAAUUAACGGAGUGGAGUUAGAGAAGAUGAGCGGAUAGGAUUUGGAGAGGUGUCUUUAAAAAUCUUUACAAGGAUGCUUAUACUUGGCAGUGAUCGAUGAUGUAUGGCAGAAAGAAGCAUGGGAGAGUUUGAGAAGAGCCUUUCCGGAUGACAACAAUGGAAGCAGAGUUAUAAUCACUACUCGCAUCAAAGAAGUAGCUGAGCGUUCGGAUGAGAGAAUUCAUUCUCAUAAACUUCGUUUUCUUAGGCCUGAUGAGUCUUGGAACUUAUUCUGUGAGAACGCUUUUCGAAAAUCAAAUGCAAACGAAGAAUUGGAAAAGCUAGGAAGAGAAAUGGUUGAAAAAUGCGGCGGUCUGCCACUUGCCAUAAUUGUAUUAGGCGGGCUGUUGUCUACAAAGAAACCACAAGAGUGGCGCUCGGUUCGUGAUCACUUUUGGCAACAUUUAAGGAAUGAUUCAAUUCACAUACCUUCCUUAUUAACUUUAAGCUUCAAUGAUUUGCCUUAUCAAUUGAAGCUCUGCUUUCUCUAUCUUGGGAUGUCACCUGAGGAUUCUGUAAUCUUUACAGAGAAAGCAAUCCGAUUACUGGUAGCAGAAGGUUUCAUACGAGAAGAUGAUGAUCGAGUAAUGGAAGAGGUGGCAAAAAACAACCUGGAUGAGUUGAUCAAUAGAAGCUUGAUUCAAAUUGAAAACAUUUGUCGGGGGAGGGUUGAAACAUGCCGGAUCCAUGAUCUUUUGCGGGAUCUUGCAAUUCAAAAGGCAAAAGAGCUGAAUUUCUCUCAAAUUUACGACGGAAUUCACCAUCCAACUUGCUCUCCAACUCCAACAUCAUCAGCUCGCCGACUAGAGUUGAGGCAUUUAAUCGGAACAUUUGAAGGGCCUUUGCCAACAGACAAUUUGACAAACCUUCAGACUCUGAAGUUCGUAAGGUAUGAAAGUUGGAAUAAAGUACAUCCUGAAAAGCUGGUUAAUCUUCGCGAGCUGCACAUCCAUAAUUUCCACACACAAGAACCAGAACCAUUCAUAUUCGACUCUAUUGCCAAGCUGAAAAACAUUAGAAUUUUAUCGGUAAAACUGUCCGGCGUUCAUUCUUUCAGUUCACUGCAACCACUUUCUCACUGUCCACGGCUCCAGGAUUUGACAUUGGGUGGGAAGAUAGAGGAACUACCAGCAGACAUGCACACAAUCUUGCCGAAUCUCGAAUGCUUAUCGUUAAGUAAUUCGAAUCUUCAGGAUGAUCCGAUGCCAAAGUUAGAGAAGUUACCGAACCUAGUAAGUCUGGAAUUGCGGUUUCAUUCUUACCAUGGAAAGAAAAUGAUAUGCAGGGAAAAGGGUUUUCCUCAGCUUGAAAGUUUAGAAAUUCUUAAACUGUACGAGUGGGAGGAAUGGCAAGUUGAGAAAGGAGCUAUGCCUAUGCUUAAAAAUCUGGAGAUCAAGCCAAAGAACUCCGAGCUGAGAAUUCCAGAAAGAUUGAUAUCAAUCCCUGCCCCUACCAGGAGAUAUUCGACUGUACGCGCUCGUUUCUGA